AUGGACAGCGGAAAUACGCAAAUUCAAAAUGGCGGACAAGACAAAAUUAUCGAAAUACCGAAUUUCUGACUGAACUAUGGAUGUAUUUCCUAAACGAUGAAUACUGUUCCAAGGGUGGCAUGUAGGGUACAGAAUUUUCAAAAGUUUUAUUACAAAUGGAGCGCAAUUCCCUUUCAAAUAAGAGCAUCUGGAGUCCUUGCGAGAUAUUCUUCCAGUUCCUCAGUGAAGACCCUUGACUUGUCUGAUUAUCCACUGGAAAGAGUACGAAAUUUUAGCAUUGUCGCUCAUGUGGACCACGGAAAAAGCACAUUAGCUGACAGACUACUAGAGGUUACAGGUACAAUAUCAAAAAGUAGUGACAACAAGCAAGUGCUUGAUAAAUUACAAGUGGAAAGAGAAAGGGGGAUUACAGUAAAGGCACAGACUGCAUCUUUAUUAUACAAGCACAAGGGACAUACAUAUCUGCUGAAUUUGAUUGACACUCCUGGUCAUGUUGACUUUAGCUAUGAAGUUUCAAGGUCCCUGGCUGCCUGUCAAGGUGUUGUUUUGCUUGUUGAUGCUGCACAGGGAGUCCAGGCCCAGACAGUAUCAAACUUUUUUCUGGCAUUUAAUUCAGAAUUGACAAUUAUUCCGGCUCUUAAUAAGAUUGAUUUGAAGACUGCUAAAUCUGAUGAGGUAAUUCAUCAGAUGGAAAGACUCUUUGAUAUUAAUCAGCAGGAUAUCCUAAAGAUUUCAGCAAAGGAAGGCAUAGGGGUGACUGAGCUCCUUGACGCAGUUGUUGAGAAACUACCAAGUCCUAAAGGUGAUAUCAAGAAGCCAUUGUCCGCUCUUUUGUUUGACUCAUGGUAUGAUCAAUAUCGGGGAGUAAUCUGUCUUGUGGCUGUGGUCGAUGGAUCAAUCAAAAAAGGUGACCAGAUCACAUCCAUCCAUUCUGAGCAGUCAUAUGAAGUAUCAGAUGUUGGUAUCUUGCACCCAAAUGAAUUCUCAACUGGAGCAUUGUAUGCUGGCCAAGUUGGUUUUGUAGUGACAGGGAUGCGCAAUCGGAAAGAUGCUCAGAUAGGAGACACAUUCUGCCACACCCACUCCCUAGUAGACCCCCUACCAGGAUUUAAACCGACAGUCCCUAUGGUAUAUGCAGGCGUAUACCCAGUGGAUCAGUCCGAGUACGUGUUUCUGAGAAACGCCUUAGAAAAACUUACGCUGAAUGAUGCGAGUGUCACAAGCCACCCUGAUAGCUGUAUCGCGCUCGGCCAAGGCUGGAGGCUUGGUUUCUUAGGACUUCUUCACAUGGAUGUAUUCAAGCAACGACUUGAGCAGGAAUUUGACGCUAGUGUUAUUAUCACCUCUCCCAGCGUGCCCUAUCGAGCGGUUUUGAAGAAAGGAGGGAAAACGAUCGACAUCUUGAAUCCUUUAGAGUUACCAGACCCCGGCAGUGUGGAGGAGUACCAGGAACCGUACGUGUUGGGAACCCUGAUGUUCCCGCAAGAGUACAUGGGAAAGAUGCUCACACUGUGCCAGGAGCGUCGAGGCGUACAGGAGGACGUGGUGUUUAUCGAUGAACUUCGCGUGAUGCUCAAAUACAAGUUACCACUAAACGAGAUAAUCACAGACUUCUACGAUCAACUGAAGACUCUCUCCUCCGGAUACGCAAGUUUUGACUAUGACGAUCAUGGAUACCACGCAACAAGGAUCGUCAGAAUGGACAUACUUAUCAAUGGCAAGGCCGUGGAUGCGCUCAGCUCUAUCGUGCACGCUGACAAGGCUGUCAUGUCCGGCCGAACAUGGUGCAAAAAACUAUCGGAAAUCAUCCCAAGACAACUAUUCGAAGUAGUUAUACAAGCCUCUAUAAGGGGACGUAUCAUUGCAAGGGAAUCACUUCGACCUCUACGUAAAGAUGUCACGGCUAAAUGUUAUGGAGGCGAUAUGUCAAGAAAAAUGAAGUUACUAAAGCGACAGAAGGAAGGGAAAAAGAAGAUGAAGCGAAUAGGAAAAGUCGAUCUCCCCCACGAGGCAUUUUUGACACUGCUGACCAGAUGACACGCUGUUCUGCGGAUUUGGAUAUAGAGACACAUUCGACCGCAUGUCGAAUAAAAAACCGCACGGAAAUUCUUCGGCGCCUAUGCAAUGGCGAUUCAGAAGGCCACGGCAGACCUCGGGCUUGCAACUUUUUAUUUAGCCCGAUAUCUAAAUUUCGUCCAAACUCGUUCCUUAUUUCGAUUUAUUUUGCUUCAUAAUGCAGUCUAUACGUUUGGGAAGGUACUAGUAGUGACGAAUAAGUGUAUUCUUACUUCAACUGGUUGUAUUUGCCUUAUUUUCACCCAUCCAGCUAGCUCUGGUCCCAUGCCUACCACAUUUCAAACGCGCUUUCGGAAAUAAGAAUCACCCUCUAAUUAUAAAUCAACACAUGGUUGUAAAGCUGCGCUGACGUUUCGAGCGUUAGCCCUAACGUAGAACGUGAGAACGAAACUACUCUGUUUUACAGAGGCUUACAAAAUACUUUUUCAACCUUGUAUUGGGUUUAUCUAAACCAAGCCUACGCAGACAAUGUCGUUUUUUCACA